CUGUAUUUUUCCGACAUCGAUUUUUUGUUCAUGCAAUAACGCAAGAUUUUAAUGUCACGCUCUAUACACACCGUUUCUUAUUUUUCUUCAUACACUCUAUGCUAUGCCAUAGAAAUGUCGGUGUUGAUUAGGUCGCUACAUACAUUAUAUAGCAUCUGUUACACAAAACUGGAGAUUGUUUGAUUUUUGCAGCAUAUGUCUCUACAUCUACAUGAUGUUUGGUUUUUGUUUAUUUCCGUGUUAUAGAAGUUAUUUAUGGCUCUUACAAUCCAAUUUUGUGGCAGUAUUAGCAAAGAUAAAAAAACAUGAAGCCAGGAGCAUUUGCAUUGAAUCCGCAUGCAGCAUCAUAUGUACCACUCUCUAAAAGAAUGGAUUGUGGUGGUAGUGGUGAUGAUGAUGGUCUGGUGUUUGCCAUGGCCCCUGCGCAGCAGAUAAGUUUCUCAGGGGUUGAAGUGUCAAAGCCGAAUAAAUCCUCUGAAAUGGCAUACAAGCAGAUCAGGGAUGAUGAUUUGGAUAUAGAGAUGGAGAUAGACAUGGAUAUUGAAUACCUUCUAGUCACAUUCUCUGGUCUCUCACAAGAGUCUAUUACUGAUGUUUACCUCGCCAAUAACGGUGAUCUUGAAGCUACCAUUGAGAUGCUGAAUCAGCUUGAGAUAUACAGCACUGAAUCUCAAGAAAACCUCCCAGAGACGCUUGAUAUUGGCAUUGGGGAUAUCUCUGAAUCAGGGCCUUCAACCUCAAAAGCUUCUGAAGUCGUUGCAUCAUCAUCAUCUGUUAUCCCUACUAAUGCACCUGUAUCGGCCUGAUCUAAUGAAUCCUUAGUUGUGAAGCUUUUUACUCUUAUCUUUUUUUUUUUGGUUUGCAUAUACCCAUAAUAAGUACAGUAAUGAUGAUGGGGGUAUAGUAUCAAAGAAGUUGAUGUUAUCUUUAGAGAAUUGAUGAUAUGUAACUAUGUAAGUGGUGGGAAAAAUGUAUAGUUUUGGAUGUUCAAAUCUGAGUGGUGUGUUGUUAG